GCUUCAACUGAGCACAAAGCAUCACAACUGUUCUAUCCUCACCAAUUGAAGCAAUCAAUCCUCACAAAAUUAAAAUGGCAUCAUUUAUUCAAAAGAUUUCAAUUGCACUUAUUGUUUCCUUGGCAAUUUGCAGCGCUUCACCUGCAAGAUUGGGCAGAUUGAGAUCGAACAAAUCAAAGUUCUUGGCUAGACAAGAAGUUGCUGAAGAUAUCCCAGCCGCCCAAACUCCAUAUCCUCCAGCCGGUAUUCAACCAGAGGUCAAAUUUGCUCUUCCAACUGAAGAAGAACUAAAUGCUGAACCAGAAAAGACAUACCUUCCCCCAGCUGGGGAACCAGCUAAGACCUAUGGGCCUCCCGAAACUAGUGUGAAGGAUGAUGUUGAACAAUUCGCCAACGAUGAGCCUCAACCAGAAGAGACCAAAUCUGUGGAACCUAAACUAGAGAAACCUGAUGUCGAGGAAGAAUCAUCCGAACAGCCUGAAGAAUCUGACGAAGAAGAACCAGAAACUCAAGAUAAUUCCGUUGUUGAGCCAGCUGGAAUAGAAGCAGAAGAAAUUGAAGCUGAAGCUGUUAAAGAAGAAGAGGAAAUUAAAAGCAAUCUUCCAGCUCGUCUCGUUCGAGCUAGAAGCAAUAGACAAAAGUCAGCAAAAUUGCAAAUUGCAACCCCUCAACAAAUUGCCCGACCAAUUUAUUACUUCAACUACAACGGUCAACUUUAUAGGAUUUUAAACUAGUUUAAUUUAUUUGUUUCUAUUAUUUAUUAAAUAAAAUAUAUUAAACAUCACAGAACAAAAAUAU